AUGGUUGUAGCUCCGUUGUUGCGUCUCCCUCUGACGGGAGUGCGCUGUGUGGGCCGUUCUUAUAAGCCGCAAUUCAGCGCUGUAAAGCGUGAUAUUUGCCCCCAGAGCUUGCAACUGAAUAUUGAUCGAGCCAAAUCGUUUUCUACAUCUCUUUCAAAAUGUCAGAUCCAAGAUUUGGACCGAACGCGAAAUAUUGGGAUCAUUGCCCACAUUGAUGCGGGAAAGACCACCACAACAGAGCGAAUGUUAUUCUACAGUGGUUUUACUCGGCGUAUUGGUGAUGUGGAUGAAGGAUCUACCGUGACAGAUUUUCUUCCCGCCGAACGUGCGCGCGGAAUCACGAUUCAAUCCGCUGCGAUCACUUUCCAUUGGCCUCCUGGUGAUGGUGCCGACGGUCAACCGGCUAUUCAGGAUUCAUCUGCUCCUCGAUCCGCCAAUUCUCAUACCAUUAACCUCAUUGAUACCCCUGGACACGCCGACUUUACUUUUGAAGUUUUGCGAUCUCUGCGUAUCCUGGAUGGCGCUGUUUGUAUUUUGGAUGGCGUGGCUGGUGUCGAGGCACAGACAGAGCAGGUCUGGAACCAGGCCAGCACCUACAAGAUUCCUCGAGUGAUCUACGUGAAUAAAUUAGAUCGCGAUGGUGCUGCAUUCGGCCGGACUGUGCGAGAAGUAAGCUCUCGUUUAGCUGUUUAUCCAGCUGUCUGCCACAUUCCAUGGUUUGAAGGCGGUGAUGGAUCAUUCGUUGGCGUGGCAGAUGCUGUGAAUCUCCAAGGCUUACGAUGGAAAGAAGGGGAGGAUGGACGCUCUGUGAAAAUGUCGAGUCUCGAGAAAUUGGAUGCAGAAGAGCCAACUCUGGCCGAGGAACUCCGCCGAGCACGUAUUGCCUUGGUUGAGCUCCUGAGCGAAGAGGAUGAGACGAUCGUGGAAAGGUUUUUCGAAUGUGACGAAGAUCAUUUGGCAGUAUCCCCAAUGGACAUUGUCGACAGUCUACGGCGAUGUGUAUUGGACCCGACCAGUCGAAUUGUGCCUUUGUUUGCAGGUGCUAGUUUCAAAAAUAUGGGUGUUCAGCCUCUGCUUGAUGCUGUUGUGAAUCUUCUUCCCAGCCCACCAGAGGCAGCAGAUCCAGAGGUGAGCAUUGGAGGUGUUACGGGGGGGCUCCGUCAGUUGCUUUCGGGUGAUCUCAUCGUGAAGCAGAGCGAGCAAAUCUCCCAAUCCUCCAAGGGCAAGAAGAAGAAGAAGAUUUCUUCUUCGGUGGACCCCAAGGAUGCGAUUUCUAAACUUGGAAGCUGUGCAUUGGCAUUCAAGGUGGUAAAUGAUGCCAAACGUGGUGUUUUGGUCUACGUCCGUGUCUACUCUGGGUCACUGGAUCGGAACAGCUUGUUGUUCAACACCAAUCUUCACUUAUCUGAACGUGCACCUCGUCUAUUGAAGAUGUACGCCAAUGAUGCAGUGGAGGUUGACUCUAUUCCUGCUGGUCACAUUGGUGUUGUAGUUGGUCUCAAGCAUGCACGAACCGGCGACACGCUGGUAUCUUAUGCCGGCAAUAAGCCAACGCCCCCUGAACCUCUAACUAGCCUUCAGCUGCGUCCAAUUGUUGUUCCACCGCCAGUAUUCUUUACUAGUGUAGAACCGCAUAGUCUGAGUGAAGAGAAGCGAAUUCACGAGUCCCUUCAACUACUUCUGAGAGAAGACCCUAGCUUGCACGUCACUGUUGACGAAGAGUCAGGCCAAACCUUACUAAGUGGAAUGGGAGAACUGCAUCUUGAGAUUGCCCGUGACCGCUUGAUCAACGAUAUGAAAGCUAAGGCCUCUAUGGGCCGUAUCGAGAUUGGCUAUCGGGAGAGUGGCACUGGUGCUUCAGGUAGCAUCACCAAGAUCUUCGACAAGGAGGUUGCAGGUCGUCGAGGCAAAGCAGGUUGUACCGCCAUGAUUGAGCCGUUCAAUGGGGAGGCCAACUCUGAAAUAACGGACGAGGAUACAAUUCUCACAAAACUCAUUGACGGCAACCACAUUAUCAUUCGUGCCCCUGGCUUACAAGUGGAACGCGUCAGAGAUGAAGAGGAGACUAGCCCCUUCCUUCCACCGGGCAUGGAUUUGGAGACGCUUCGGACAGCGUUGCAGAACGGGGCCUUGGCCGCGCUGGCUCGUGGCCCUCAAUUUACAUACCCUAUGCACAAUACUCAGGUCAUCCUCACAAUCAACCCCGCAGAGCAUCUCUUCGGCAGUGACACCACAACCUCUGCCCUGUCCGCUGCCGCCCGUCAGGCUACCUCAGCCGCGCUUCGAGAUCUCGUUGCUGGACCUGGUACUGUCAUGAUGGAACCAUUAAUGAAUGUCAGUAUCAGCGUCGACGAGGCAAGUCUAGGUUCCGUCGUCCAUGACAUCUCCUCAUCGCGUGGUGGACACAUUCUUUCGCUGGACGAGGAUGUACCAGUAUCUGCAACUGAUGCCUCGGGUUCAGGAUCCAUUUCGGAAGACCCUCUUCCUCCAAUUGAUCCCAAGCGCGUGUAUGCUCCAGCAGAUCCAUUCGAAUCUUCUUCCGUUGACCUGGACAUGCCUAUGUCUACUUCAAACCAACGUACCAUCACAGCCAAGGUUCCUCUGAAGGAGAUGGUGGGUUACCUGAAGCACCUCCGCAGUUUAACUGCCGGUCGGGGAACCUUUGUCAUGAGUGUAGACCGAUUCGAGAACAUGUCAGUUCAGCGACAGAAGGCUGUACUAUCUGAGCUUAGAGGUGGCUUUUAA